AUGGCGGAAGAUAUGGCGAGUCAUUACCAGGUGAUGGAGGAGUUGGGAAGUGGAAGUUUUGGCACUGUCUACAAAGCAAUUGAUAAAACUACCGGAGAAAUUGUCGCGGUGAAACAUAUCGAUCUCGAGUCCAGCGAAGAUGAUAUCCAGGAGAUUCAGCAGGAAAUUUCGGUCCUGGCCACCUGCGCCAGCGCGUUUGUUACACAGUACAAAGCAAGCUUCCUCAAGGGGCACAAGCUUUGGAUUGUGAUGGAGUAUCUGGGAGGAGGAUCGUGUCUGGAUCUGUUGAAACCAGGGGUUUUCAACGAAGCGCAUGUCGCAAUCGUCUGCCAACAGCUAUUGCAAGGUCUCGAUUAUCUCCACAGUGAAGGAAAGAUCCAUCGCGAUGUCAAAGCCGCCAACGUUCUACUCUCGAAUACCGGAAAAGUGAAACUGGCCGACUUCGGUGUCGCGGCGCAGUUGGUUAAUAUCAAGUCUCAGCGCAAUACCUUUGUCGGCACACCCUUCUGGAUGGCUCCGGAAGUUAUUCAGCAGUCCGGAUACGACUUCAAGGCCGAUAUCUGGUCCUUGGGUAUUACUGCGAUUGAAAUGAUCAAUGGCGAGCCUCCGCAUGCCAGCACACACCCUAUGAAAGUUCUAUUCUUGAUUCCGAAAAACCCGGCUCCUCGCUUGGAGGGCAACGAUUACAGCGCCACAUUUAAAGACUUCAUCGCUCAGUGUUUGACCAAGGACCCCGAUCACCGCCCCAGUGCGAAGGAGCUUCUGCGUCAUAAGUUUAUUCGAAAUGCAGGAAAAACCGAGGCUCUGCAGGAGCUUAUCCACCGCAAGCAGGACUGGGAUGGUGGACGAGGAAUGGCCAAAGACGUGAAAUACUAUGCAGAGUCACUGAAUACUAUUACCAAGCUCCCGACUGAAGAAAAAGACGACGAUGAAGAUUGGGUGUUUGAUACCGUCAAAGCUCCUAGCAUGUGGGUGCCCAAGGGUACCGACUGGUCCACACUGGACGAAGAGUGGGAAGAACAAGACCCCAGCCAACUGAUGGAAGAUAUGCACAUCACUCAACCACCCGCACCACCAAAGCAUCAAGCCAAUUCCACAGUUCGUCGGGCAAAGGACGCCGAGCGCUCACCAUCGGUUCGCCGAGCCAACACCAAGCGCCGCUCCAGCGGUGUCAAGCAACCAUUAGGCCUAGAUCUCAGCUACGGCAACACUCCAUCCACCGUCCGCCAAUUCCGUCGUGUCUCAGACCGUGUCCCCGCCAACAAUGAGAACGCACAGAUCAAGCCCCCGCCUGGCUUUGAUGAGAACACCAGCCCCAAGCCUCUCUCUACUGACACGAUAAGCAAAGAGGGCCAACUCGGCCGACGUGCCUACAGCAGAGCUGUGGGUCUGUCGUGCCAGGAAGUCCUUGCUACCACCGGAGACGGCGAGAAGCGUGAAGCAAUCUCUCGAUUGGCAGAGGCCUGGAGUGACCUUGAGAUGGUCGAUCCCGAGGGUCUUUACCACAUCGUGCGCAUCAUGAACGAGAGGCUCCAAGCUGAUCCCCGCCUGUCUACUCUCAUCCCUACAUCUGCCCAGCCAGAUUCCCCACAGCGACCACGCCUUGUGCUGGCGCAAAACAACCCUCACCUUAAAAGCCACCACCGACGUCAAUCAAGUGCCGUCGAACCUCAACCCUCAUCCCCUCUUGCCAACUUGCCCGGCCAGAACGCAUCUGGUAUGGAACACACAAAACAGUUAACCGAUGUUCUGUACACCCGCUGGGCAGAAGGCCUCCGCAACCGCUGGGGAAUCUAA